CGACAACCCCAAACAUGUGUUAAAGUCUAAACCCAAACUCGAAAAUCCUAAAGUCCCAAACAUGUCCAAUGAUCAAUAACCGGGUUAGACCGUAACAUAGCCCUAAUAUAGAAAAAGAGGUGAAUAUUCCAUAUUCCAAUUGGGCUUGGAGGUAAGAUACCUUAAGCCCCAAGGCCUAAAUUCCCGAGUAGCCAAAGUAUAAUUCCACAAAUCAAUUCCCCUUAUCUUAGCGCCACCGCAACUCGGCUGCGACUCACUGAAUCAUCACCGCGCAAUUCACAAAACCUCAUAAAACCGAUCACCUUUGGUUUCCAUAUCCGAAACUUCCGAGUUUUCAAUGGGUGGUGGUAAAAGAAGACCAAUUAACAAAUCAAAGCCUCGAAGGGUUACACGGCAAUCCCUCUUCGUCGAAGGCGGCAUCUUGGCUGGCUUGGAUUCCCCGCAUUCUUCUACUCCUCGCCGAGGAAACAAUCACAAAUUGAGAUCUGGAAAUUCGAAAAAUGGCUCCAAUUCCGAUUCUAAGGCCGCUGUAAGGAAAUCUCCAGCUAAUUCUUAUCGUUAUGAUUACCCUUUUGUUGAUUUCAAGGAACCUUGCAUUGGGGUAAAAAAUGAUGAGGGAAGUUCAAUAGGAUUGCACCCAGUUAUCUUAUUAGGAAAGGAUAGUAAGAUUGUUGCUUUUGAAGACUCAAUACCAUCAAUGGGGCCUUCCAAGGUGGAUUACCGUUACGAGUACAAUUCCGAUUUUGUAUUGGGUGAGAGUUCUCAUUGUGGAUUGGGGUUCUCUGAUGAACAAGACCAAACCCCUGGUGUUACUGAGUUGUCACCUGGUAUGAUGGAUGAGAAAGAAGUUGAAGAAGAAGAAGAAGAACAGUUGCAUACAGGAUUGGGAUUCUCUAAUCACCCAGAAAGUGUAGCUAGUGGAGAAUUGGGGUCACCGAUAGUUGUGUUAAAGGGAGAAGGGCGGACCAAUUGUUUCUCCGCUAAUGAGAUUGAAGAGGAUGACGAUGAUGAGGGCUCUAUGGACGAAGAUAAAGAUGGUUCUGGAUCCCUUGAUGAAUUUCCAGUUAAGACACCAUCUUCUAAAACUAAUUCUGCAUUUGUGUCAAUUGGAGGUGUAAGAUUGUACACCCAAGAUAUUUCUGAUGAAGAUGACGAUGAAGAAGAAGAUGAUGAUGACGAUGAGGACGAAGAUACGUCUGAUGAGGGGAGCUCAUCUGAAUCAUCUGACAGUAGUGACUCUGAAGAUAGCUUGAACUUUGAUUCUGAUAUUGAUGAAGACGUCAUGGAAGAUUAUUUAAACGGAAUAGGAGGAAGCAGUGAAAUUUUAAAGUCCAAAUGGUUAGCAUUACAGGAUCUUGAUGGUGGAGCCCAAAGGGAUGGCAGUGACGAAGAUUCUCGCAGCCCAUAUCAGGAAACUUUAAAGAAAUUGAGUGGUGUUGCUCUUCAAGAAGCAUCCAGGGAGUAUGGUAAGCAAAAACAGCAGACAAAAAAGAAGCCUUCAGGCAAGUCCAAGUCAAAGGCAACUGAUGUUGCUUGGUCUUCAGCUAUGGAUGAUCUGAUGUUUGUUAAGGAUCCAAGACGACUUUCUGCAAAAAAGAAGCAUGUUGCUCAGUUUCCUCAGUCAUGGCCUUCUGAAGGUCGGAAAGGAAAUAAGUACAGGAGGUUUCCAGGUGAAAAGAAGAAACAACGUAAAGAGAUGAUAGCCGUUAGGCGUAGGGAGAGGAUGUUGCGUCGUGGUGUUGAUCUUGAGCAAUUAAACUUGAAGCUGAAGCAGAUGGUUUUAAGCAACUUAGAUAUGCUGUCAUUUCCUCCCAUGCACUCUCGGGAUUGUUCUCAGGUUCAACGGUUGGCUGGAAUUUAUCGUCUAAGGAGUGGCUGCCUUGGUUCUGGCAAGAAAAGGUUUGUAACGGUUAGCCGAACACAGCACACGUCUAUGCCAUGUGCAAGUGAUGAAAUUCGUCUGAAGAAGUUAAUUGGAUCCAGCAAGGAUGAUGCUGAUUUCCCGGUGGUUGAUACACCCCAAAGUGGCCGUUCCCGGAGUGGGUCUGCUCGAAAAAAUUCAAUCAAGAACUUGGCUGGCCAACAAGGAAGCAGCAGCAGCAGGAAUGGUAAGGUAAGGAGUGAGACAAAGCCCGGAGCAUACAGUCAACCAGUUUCAUUUGUCCCAAGUGGUGUAAUUCAAUCGGAGAUGGUCCAACUCAGCACUGUUGGAGCAAUUGACAACUCCAAUGAAGAAGUCAAAGCUAUAGAUAAUUCCCCAUCGGCGUUUGGUUCAUUUGAAGUUCACACCAAGGGUUUUGGUUCAAAGAUGAUGGCUAAGAUGGGAUAUGUGGAAGGUGAAGGUUUGGGGAAAGAAGGCAAGGGAAUUGCAUCACCCAUCGAGGCGAUCCAACGACCCAAAUCUCUAGGGUUGGGUAUGGCAUUUGUCGAAAACAGCAGCGAAACUGUGAACAUAGCUACAAGAAGUGGUGGAUCAGCUAGGAAUUCUACUCCAAACAUUGGGUCGGUCAGGAAGUCUACUCCAAACGUUGGAUCAAGCAGGAAUCCUACUCCAAACAUUGGUGCUUUUGAGAAGCAUACUAAAGGGUUUGGGUCAAAGAUGAUGGCAAAGAUGGGAUUUGUAGAAGGAACGGGUUUGGGCAGAGAUUCUCAAGGCAUAGUUACCCCAUUGGCAGCUGUUAGACGCCCCAAAGCCAGAGGUUUGGGCGCCGAAGGUAAAAGGUCAUAAUUUAUAUGUGCAAUAACUUGUAUUUAAAUGCCUAUUUGCGCAGUCUCUCCCCAUCUGCUGCUGCACUCCAAGGUUGUAGGAUGAUCUCAAAAGGCGUUGUCGGUUGAGGACGAGGUCAACAAAGAUAAUGCAACUUUAGUUACUUGUAUUUAACAGUGAACUUCCUUGAGUUCAUGCAGUAUUAAUACUUUUAGAUGACAGACUUGUAAAUUGAUGAGAUGAUAUGUGAUGAAUGUUGGCUGUAUUUUAAGUUUUUAGUCUUUAAUCUGAUAUAAAUAAAAUGGAUUACAAUUUGUUAAA